AUGGUCCAUCCAAAGACAGCCGUGUUCAGCGCCGCCAAAACACGCGAGAUCCGCGAUCACACCAAUAAGAUCACCGCGGUUGGCUGGAACACGGAAGGGCGCUAUCUCGGAACUGCGUCGCUGGACAAGUCGCUGCGGAUAUGGCACUUCAGUCGGCAGGACCUCGAGUUGAAAGGCCACACGGAAGGCAUCGACAAGCUCUGCUGGUCGCCAACAUCGGCUUCAACAAUCUCAACGUGCUCGCACGAUCGGACAGUGCGCAUCUGGGACGUGCGCGCUGGCAAGGUUGCCAACGUCAUUCAAACCGAGGGCGGUGCUAAUAUUGGCCUGGCAUGGAGCCCAGAUGGUCAAACAAUUGCUGUCGGAAACCGCGAUGACAUUAUUAGCUUUAUCGAUGUUCGUCAAGCCAAGGUUCUCAAGAGGCUCGAUCCAGAAGUGGAGGCGAACGAGAUGGCGUGGAAUGCCGAAGGAGACAUUUUUUACAUUUCCACUGGCCUGGGAGCCGUACAAAUGUACCAAUUCCCGUCCAUGACGCGGAUCAACACUGUGCAGGCACACACUGGCAAUUGCGUGUGCAUUCGCUUUGAUCCCAAAGGCCGCUUCUUUGCCACUGGAAGCGCCGAUUCGCUAGUUUCAAUCUGGGAUGCAUACGAGCUGAUUUGUCUCCGCACCGUGCAACAGUUCGAUUUGCCAAUCCGCGCCAUCGGCUUUAGCCACGACUCGCAAUUUAUUGCAUCCGCGUCGGAAGACAAGUUCAUUGACAUUAGCGCUGUCGACAAUGCAGAAUCCGUCUACCAAAUCCCCGUAGCAUCCCUUGUGAAUACGCUAGCAUGGCACCCCAAGGAGCACAUUUUGGCCUAUGGCGGCGAGACCAAAGAUGCCGUGCCAAUGCUGACGCCGAGUGGCAGCGGGAGCGCAGACGGGACGGUUCGCAUUUUCGGAUUGGCUUGA